AUGGCAGCCCAGGCGGCGGGCGUUUCCAAGCAGCGUGCGGCUGCUGAAGGCCUUGGCUGCAACCAGAAAGCUGUGAAGUACCUGGGCCAGGACUUCGAGACCCUGAGGCAACAGUGCUUGGACUCUGGGAUCCUAUUUAAGGACCCAGAGUUCCCAGCGUGUCCAUCAGCUUUGGGCUACAAGGAUCUCGGACCACACUCCCCCGAAACCCAAGGCAUCGUCUGGAAGCGGCCCACGGAAUUGUGCCCCAGCCCCCAGUUUAUCAUUGGCGGAGCCACGCGCACAGACGUUCGGCAGGGUGGUCUAGGUGACUGCUGGCUCCUGGCGGCCAUCGCCUCCCUGACCCUGAAUGAAGAGCUGCUUUACCGGGUGGUCCCCAGGGACCAGAACUUCCAGCAGGACUACGCGGGAAUCUUUCACUUUCAGUUCUGGCAGUACGGACAGUGGGUGGAGGUGGUCGUUGACGACAGGCUGCCCACCAAGAACGGACAGCUGCUCUUCCUACACUCCGAAGAAGGCAACGAGUUCUGGAGCGCGCUGCUGGAGAAGGCCUAUGCCAAGCUCAACGGUUCCUAUGAGGCUCUUGCUGGAGGGUCCACAGUGGAGGGGUUUGAGGAUUUCACAGGUGGCAUCUCUGAGUUUUACGACCUGAAGAAGCCGCCAGCCAGUCUGUAUCAGAUCAUCCGGAAGGCCCUCCGUGCGGGGUCACUGCUGGGCUGCUCCAUUGAUGUCUCCAGUGCAGCCGAAGCAGAAGCCAUCACCAGCCAGAAGCUGGUUAAGAGUCAUGCAUACUCUGUCACUGGAGUUGAAGAGGUGGAUCUCCGUGGCCGUCCAGAGAAGCUGAUCCGACUCAGGAACCCGUGGGGCGAAGUGGAGUGGUCGGGAGCCUGGAGCGAUGAUGCACCAGAGUGGAAUGACAUAGAUCCCAGGAAGAAGGAAGAGCUGGACAAGAAAGCUGAGGACGGAGAGUUCUGGAUGUCAUUUUCAGAUUUCUUAAAGCAGUUCUCUCGGCUGGAGAUCUGCAACCUGUCCCCGGACUCUCUGAGCAGUGAAGAGGUGCACAAAUGGAACCUGGUCCUGUUCAACGGCCGCUGGACUCGGGGCUCCACCGCUGGUGGCUGCCAGAACUACCCAGCCACUUACUGGACCAACCCCCAGUUCAAAAUCCAUUUGGAUGAGGCGGAUGAAGACCAGGAGGACGGCGUUGGUGAACCCUGCUGUACGGUGCUGCUGGGCCUGAUGCAGAAGAAUCGCAGGCGGCAGAAGAGGAUGGGCCAGGGCAUGCUCAGCAUCGGCUACGCCGUCUACCAGGUCCCCAAGGAGCUGCAGAGUCACGUGGGCGCACACCUGGGCCGGGACUUCUUCCUGGGCCACCAGCCCUCCGCCCGCACCGCCACCUACGUCAACCUGCGCGAGGUCUCUGGCCGGGUUCGCCUGCCCCCCGGGGAGUACCUGGUGGUGCCGUCCACUUUCGAGCCCUUCCGAGAGGGCGAGUUCUGCCUGAGAGUGUUCUCGGAGAAGAAGGCCAAGGCCCUGGAAAUUGGGGAUGUGGUAGCUGGAAACCCACAUGAGCCACAUCCCAGCGAGCUGGACCCAGAAGACAGCCAGUUCAAGAGCCUGUUGGAGAAGCUUGCAGAGAAGGAUUCUGAGAUCGGUGCUGGUGAGCUGAGGACAGUUUUGAAUGGGGCGUUUUCCAAACGAACAGACGUAAAAUUCGACGGAUUCAACAUCAACACUUGCAGGGAAAUGAUCAGCUUGUUGGAUAGCACCGGAACGGGCACCCUGGGGCCGGUGGAACUCAAGACACUCUGGCUGAAGAUUCGGAAGUACCUGGAGAUCUAUCAGGAAACGGAUUAUAAACACUUGGGCACCAUCGAUGCCCAUGAGAUGAGGACAGCCCUCAAGAAGGCAGGCUUCGCCCUCAACAACCAGGUGCAGCAGACCAUCGCCGUGCGGUAUGCGUGCAGCAAACUCGGCAUCGACUUUGACAGCUUCGUGGCUUGUAUGAUCCGCCUGGAGACCCUCUUUAAACUGUUCAGGCUCCUGGACAAGGACCAGGAUGGCAUCAUCCAGCUCUCUCUGGCUGAGUGGCUGUGCUGCGUGUUGGUCUGA